AGGCGGUUCUUAGUGUGACAUCAGGAUCACCGCACCAGUCUAGGAUUAUAAAUUCAGCAUGGAUGCCUGCACAAAGCCUUUUCCAAACUCAGAAGGAACGCUGUAUCUAAGGAGAGUGGGCCGGUCACUGCUGCAAUAAUCAUGGCACCAGCUGGAGCAAAGAAGGGCAUUUUGGAGCGUCUGGAUGCAGGAGAAGUGGUUAUCGGGGACGGGGGUUUUGUCUUCGCCCUUGAGAAGAGAGGUUAUGUCAAAGCGGGACCGUGGACACCUGAAGCUGCCGCCGAGCACCCUGAAGCCGUGCGGCAGCUGCACAGGGAGUUCCUGAGAGCAGGCUCCAAUGUCAUGCAGACAUUCACUUUCUACGCAAGCGAUGAUAAACUGGAGAACAGAGGCCACACUCAGCGCUUCACUGGACAGCAAAUAAAUGAAGCAGCUUGUGACCUGGCCAGGGAGGUGGCCAGUGAGGGUGAUGCUCUGGUGGCAGGAGGAGUCUCUCAGACCCCCUCUUACCUCAGCUGCAAGAGUGAGGAUGAUGUCAAGACCAUCUUUAAGAAACAGAUUGAUGUCUUUGUCCAGAAAGAUGUUGACUUCUUGAUUGCAGAGUACUUUGAGCAUGUGGAAGAGGCUGAGUGGGCAGUCCAGGUUUUGAAGACCACGGGCAAGCCAGUGGCUGCAACUCUGUGCAUUGGACCUGAAGGAGACCUGAAUGGAGUCAGCCCUGGAGACUGUGCUGUCAGACUCGUCAAAGCCGGAGCUCAGAUUGUGGGCAUCAACUGCCACUUUGACCCGGAGACCUGUGUGAAGACUGUGAAGAUGAUGAAGGAGGGAGUGGAGAAGGCUGGACUGAAGGCUCACUACAUGAGUCAGCCUCUGGCCUACCACACUCCCGACUGUAACCGUCAGGGGUUCAUUGACCUGCCAGAGUUCCCUUUCAGUCUGGAGCCGAGGAUCCUGACCAGAUGGGACAUGCAGAAAUAUGCCAGGGAAGCGUAUAAUGCUGGCAUCCGUUACAUUGGAGGCUGCUGUGGAUUUGAACCCUAUCACAUCCGUGCCCUGGCUGAGGAGCUGGCACCUGAGAGGGGUUUCCUGCCUGCUGGAUCAGAGAAGCAUGGCACCUGGGGUAGUGGUCUGGACAUGCACACGAAGCCUUGGGUCAGAGCCAGGGCACGCCGUGACUACUGGGAGAAGUUGAAGCCUGCGUCUGGCCGUCCCUUCUGCCCCUCCAUGUCUGUGCCUGAUGGCUGGGGCAUCACCAAAGGCCACGCCGAUCUGAUGCAGCAGAAGGAGGCCACCUCGCAGGAUCAGCUGAAGCCUCUCUUCGACAGGGCCGACAAAGGCCUCUGAGCUCCCCUCCGAGGCAUCUGUUUGGGAGGAAGAAGCCAAGGGGUGGCGUGUGAGAAGGCAUACUCACACAUUCCCUUAAGUUUACAUACCAAAAUAAAGAUCGAAAUGCUGAAGUUAUUUCUGUCUUUUUAAGGACCAUUGUUACUCACUUCAAAUUAGCUUUCCAACCUUGGCCAACAAUAAGUGCCUGUUUCAGUAUGAUGAUCACAUCUGUGAGCCUUGUUAAAUUACUGUGACUACAAAGCUCAAAGAAGCAGCUGUGAAUGCUUCUGACACAUUUAACACUCCGAAAGUGCUUGUCUUACAAAAGAACUGAAUGUGUGUAGUAAUAAAUUUCCAAAUGAAUAAAACCGCA